GUGAAGACCGCCACAGUCAUCCCAUAAUAGCCCACCACUUGCCUUCUUCUGCACUACCCUCCUUUUACCAUUACUUCUCAUCUCCUCCUCCAUUAAUUUAUUUUCUUCUUCACAAAAUUAUAUCAUCAUGCAAAAUUACAACCACCAUUAUUGUAAUAACAUAUAAAUCCUAUUAACUGACACAAAAAUAGGGAAGAUUGAGCUCAAUUGAGAUCUCUAGACUCUAUAUCUGUGUUCAUAUUUUACCCCCCUUGUAUCUCUGAAAGUGUGAGUUCCAAAGAAAACACUCUGAUCAACAUCAUCUCUAAAUUUUCGAUAAUGGAUAUGGAUUCUUCUUCCCAUCCCAACUGGCUCGUCUUCUCGCUUUCCAACAACACUCUUUUCCAACACCCCUUCAACUCCAAUCCUAGUAGCAGCAGUGCUAGUGCAGUCGUUGGUAAUGGAAGCGCCGGCGGCCCCAAGCUGGAGGAUUUCUUGGGUGGCUCCGCCGCCGGAGCUGCGGUGGCUCAGUUCGACGGCAUGCCGGAGAUGGAGAUGUACGAUGACUCUGAGCUCAAGACAAUAGCUUCUAGCUUCUUGCGAGGAUUUUCCGAUGAACAAACCGAUAAUAGCCCCCGGAAACAGAUUGCGGCUGCUCCGCCGGCCAAGAAAGCCGUCGAAUCUUUCGGCCAGCGCACCUCAAUCUUUAGAGGAGUCACCAGACAUAGAUGGACUGGAAGGUAUGAAGCUCACUUAUGGGAUAAUAGUUGCAGAAGAGAAGGGCAAAGUCGGAAAGGAAGGCAAGUUUAUUUGGGUGGAUAUGAUAAAGAAGAGAAAGCAGCUCGUGCUUAUGAUCUCGCCGCCCUCAAAUACUGGGGUCCGACCACCACGACUAAUUUUCCGGUAUCCGAUUAUGAGAGGGAAAUGGAGGAAAUGAAGCACAUGACAAGGCAGGAAUUCGUUGCUUCACUUAGAAGAAGAAGUAGUGGGUUUUCUCGAGGGGCCUCCAUUUAUAGAGGAGUAACAAGGCAUCACCAGCACGGUCGGUGGCAAGCAAGGAUAGGAAGAGUCGCCGGAAACAAAGAUCUCUAUCUUGGCACUUUCAGCACUCAAGAAGAAGCAGCGGAGGCAUAUGACAUCGCUGCGAUCAAAUUCCGUGGCCUAAACGCCGUGACCAACUUCGACAUGAGCCGUUACGACAUCAGGAGCAUCGCCAGCAGUAAUCUACCGAUUGGCGGGGCUAACACCAAGCCCAAAACGACGACAGAAUCAACACCCGACCACAAACCCUCACAAGGCAAAAGCAAAGAAGAGCUCUCAUUUCCAACGUCCACCAUAAAUUUCGCGCUUCCCGUGAAGCACGAUCACUCGGCCAGCUUGUGGGCCGCAUUAGGGUACCAAAAUUCAGCCGAUUUGAGAAACCCUAAUCACGGCAUUUUUCAAGACUCGAGCAGCAGCGGUACAGCCCAGUUUGGCGUGGACUUUCAACCCAACGAUAACGAGGGUUUGUACAAGUACCAACAGCAUGGUAGUGUCGUCGACGUCGCGUUGCAGAAUCGUACGAGUCAUGAAGCGGUGGUUAUGAGCAACGGUGGAAACUGGAUUCUGCCGGCGAAGAGUAAUCUGCCAUCGUUUCAGACACCUAUAUUUGGGGUGGAGUAAAAGGACAAAAAAAGGGGAUGGUGAUGUUAGAUGGAAACAAAGGGAGGUGGGUUGGUCAAAAAAGGAGCCUUUGCUUUUUUGCAUGGGAUUGAAAAUGCAAUGGGAUUCACAAUCAUUUCACUCAUACUAUUACCCCAAUUUUAGUGGACAUGUUUGUGGAAGAAUUUGAAUCAUUAUGUAGAAUGGAUAAAUAAUCAUGUGCUAGUUGAUGAGUUCACAAAAAAAGUAGAAUUAGUAUGUAUUUUAUUGGUAAGGUUUAUAUGAAUGACAUUAGAAAGCUUCAAAUUUUAGUUCCAAUU